AUGAGUCACUCUAGUGUUCAAGGUAAUGUCACUCAAGAUCAGGAGAACAUAGAGUUGCGAGAAGAACUCAAUAGAACCAAGACUGAGUUGAAUGAGCUAAGGCAAAUGGUCGCCACUCUUGNUGUCACUCAAGAUCAGGAGAACAUAGAGUUGCGAGAAGAACUCAAUAGAACCAAGACUGAGUUGAAUGAGCUAAGGCAAAUGGUCGCCACUCUUGUUAUCAAUCAAAGCAGGCACACACAAGGAACUCACUCUCAUAGGCAACAUCAUGAUCAAGAUGAUCAUUCCCACCAUAGUGAUAACCAUACUUACCAACCUUAUGAUCACUAUCAACGCCCUCCUAUUCGUCAUGCUAACCAUAAAGACCAUCAUGUGGAACCUAAGCUUGACCUUCCCCCUUUCCAUGGUAGAGAUAAUGUUGAAGAAUACUUUGAGUGGGAGAUGAAGGUUGAACAAAUUUUUGAAUGCUAUAACAUAGAUGAGAAGAGGAGAGUGACCCUAGCCACCUUGACCUUUCAAGGUGCAGCCCUUUAUUGGUGGACAUCCAUCAUGAGAGACCAAAAGAUGCAUGGCGACUACACCAUCCAAUAUUGGAAUGAAUUGAAAGCAGCCUUACACAGGCGACAUGUCCCGGCCUACUAUGCAAGAGAAGUCAUGGAUAAGCUUCAUCGACUUCAACAAAUAAACAUGAGUGUUGAGGAAUACAGACAAAAAUUAGAGUUACUCAUGUUGAGAGAUGGGAUCAAAGAGGAGGAGAGAUUCACCAUAGCUAGAUUUCAAAUUAGAUUAAACUAUGAGAUUAGAGAUAAGGUAGAACUCUUACCUUACUUAGAUCUAAAUGAUUUUGUCCAGCUAUGUGUGAGAGUGGAAGAUCAAAAUAGGAGAAAAGCUUCCACAAAAAGAACCUACCCUACCACAUCAUCAUAUAGGAGAGAUCUUAAGAGGGAGGGUAGUGAUGGUGGACCAUCCAAGCUUCAUAUUGGACCUCUAACAAGAGCCAUGUCAAAGAAGAUACAAGAAGAAGAGGGAGCACUCACUACUUUACUUCUUUGGAGUAUUUUCUACUAAACCUUUUCUUCUACAAUAACUAAAUAUGUUUACUUGUUUUGUAGAUCAUUAGGAGAAAGAAUAAGGCAUCACUCAUGGCUAGGAGUUGCUAAACACAUUUUGCACAUGGAAAAUACCAAGCUAGCCACACUUAUGUCAUUUUCCACGUGGAACAAAGGAGCUGGACGAAAUUCACAUGUGGAGCACCAUUUCAUUGCAUUUUUCACGUGUUCAAUUCAUAGCUUAGCUAGCAUACUUCACGUGUAAAAAGAGUAGCUUCCCCUGCACACUUCAGAACCUCUCUUCAUCUAUAAAAGAGAGGAUUCAAUCCUUUGUAAAGCAACUUGAAUUGAAGUAAAGAAAUGCUGCCAAAUUUCAGCUUUCACUCUCAAGUUCACUCUUGUGCAAUGUUAUCUUGCCUAUCCUCUAGCUCCUUUCCCCUUAGGAAAGCUCUCUGAGUUAGAAUUCACCAAUACUCCGUCAUCAACCUCUCUCGGACUUCAUCAAACACCUUGACUACACCUCACCCAUCAUCAUGGCAUCCUUCAUCCGCUGCUAAAUCUGAACCCGUGAAGCUUCUCCAAGCAUGAAUUUGGUGGAGGCUUCCAUCAAGUGGUAUCCAGAGCCAGACGUGUUCAUCCACGCUUCAUGAGAUAAGCAUCUCGUUUCCAAUCUCUGUUUUGUUUUCCCGACUUGUGCAGUUCAUAAUGUCACUGUUUCAUCCAAUUUUUUUUUCUGAUUCAUUGUGUUUGAGUGGAUCUUGAUUCAUUCACUGUUCCUUAGUGGUUUUUCUUCAUUUUAAUCGGUGCAUCUUCUUGAAUUUUUCAUUCUAUUCAGCUUCAUCUUCAUUUUCCAGUUUUGUUACUGUCAUGUGCACACUGCCGUUUUAAAUUUGUUAUAAUUUUGUGUUUAAUCAGUGAGUGUGUGUCCAGUGCAUCCAGUGCUGUGAUAGCUCUAUAUUGAUCUUAAAAGCAAGAAGACUUUGUCUAGCUUUGAUCAAUGAGCUUAGCAUUGAAAGCCAAACUUCUCUGAUCUGUUGUGGCAUUGAAAAUUUGCGUCAGAAUUAGUUUCCAAAUCUGGAAAUAUUGUGAAAAAUUUUUUCAGUCCAGAUCUGUGAUGUUUGUUGAUAGUAGCAAGUUCUUUUGGUGAUUUUUGACUUGUUUCAAGUGUAUACAAGUCAGUUGCAUUCUUGAAUCAUAGAAACCAUAGUUGAGUUCCGUGAAUUUCCGAGAAUACAGCAGCCAAAUUCUGCUAUAUCAGUUUCUGUAUGGAAAUUUAAAAUCUGUGAUUCAGAGGUGUGAGCAAUCUGUUUAGAUGGUUUGAAUUGAUGUUAACCACUUCAAUAAUUGAUUUAAUUCAGAUCUGAUGUAUGGGGAUUAAAGCAAUUACGUUGCUGCAUUAAAUCUAUCAUGAAUGUGUUGUUGUUUCUGGUUGAACUCUGCACCGUGUUCUUUGCUUUGCCAGUCAGUAGGCCAUUUCAAUUCUGCUAGUUUUAUCUUCUAAAGCUAGAUCUAGACUUAAUUUCCUUGAAUUCAUUGUUCCUAAACCAAUUUGAAUCCAGUUCAUAUUGAUUUCAUAAACUGCUGCAGUUUUUAUACGUUUUUUCUGCAUAAUUUGGCAAGUGGAAGUGUGAAUUUACAUAUCUGCUGGUUUUUGUGCAUUUAGAACCUCAGAACCACUUUGUUUGAUCAUUUNAAAUGUGUACAAACUGAUUUUAUGGUCAGAUCUACACCAAUGCACAAAAUCACUAUAUCACUUCCUCAUUUGGCUUGAAUUCAUUUAGUAGCAUAGCCAAUUUUCUUAAACAGUUGUUUUAGGUUGAUUUGAUGAGCUAAACAUCUGUCAAAAGUGCAUAAAAACUGAGGGGUUACUGUUCAUAUGGUCAAUUUUCGAAUUGGCUUGUAGUCACUGCCUGGGUACCUCAUUUUGGUCAUAUUUUGGGAAGUGUCAUAGUCAAUUUCUGCUGUACUUUGUUUUGUGAGUAUCUAGCUGCCUGCAUCUAGUUAUUAUCACCAUAUAAACUUGUGGGAAAUCAUCAUACACUAUGUUAAGCAUCAAUUUNAAUUUUCCAGACCAGUUUGGCAUGUGCAGCCAGCCUUGAACCAGUUUUAAAAUUGAGUUUAAUUGUUGAUUGUGUGGAUUGGCAAAAGCUGGGAGAAAAGUAUUUCUAUUGUCCUAACCACUGUGAUUGAAAAGUAACCUCUAAAAGAAGCUUGAAACUCCCGCAAUCCAGUAGCUAACAACUCAGUAACAGCAGAAACAUCUAUAUGCAGUUUUCUUUGAGACAUUUCAUCAAACACUUUGCCAAUUUUGGAGAAUUCAUGUAAAAACUUGUAUACUGCAGCAUGUGUGUCUUUUCUUGCUUUUAUAAUCUGUUCUAGCCCCAAUCCUAGGUUCUUUUUGAGUGCUACCUUUUAUUCCAGCUUUAACUCACUUGCUUCCAUCAAUUUUGACCUCCAGUUGGUGCCACAAAGUGUGUUACCAGAAAAUACAAUCUGGUGCAGUGCAGAAUUUGUUCUUUUUGCUGUGAUGGGUUUGGUGUUUGGCAGGGUAAUGACACGUUUUGGUGAGGCUUUCUAGCAUCCAGUUUGCUUCUCCAAAAGGGGUAGCCUAUUAAGGAGUGGAAGGCUUGCUAACAAGGCAACAAUUGUGCACUUUGGGAGUAAUUGAAUACUGCUGUUCCAGACCUACUUGCAGCAGUUCCAGACCUACUUUGGGAGUAAUUGAAUACACUCUCAACACCUUGUGCAGCUCUUUACAGCCAUACUUGGCUUUAUUCAUACAUUGCUACAUUUAAUAGUACUUUGCACUUGUAUCA